AUGUACACGCCGUUAAGAGUUCACAUUUCGUCUAGACAUUUCGACCUGGACGAAAGGGAGAGUCAUCGUCUCCCUCUGCGCCAAACAUGCGCACUGUUGAGGGAACGAGCUCUGGGGGUGGAGUGGAGGUCGCCGGGGUCGCGGGGGUCGCUGGGGGCGCAACAGGUGGCUCGGGACACGGGGGAGGGGGCGCCGGGGAGGGGCAGGGGGCUCAAGGUUGCCGCACGGAAGCGUCUGGCUGCUGUAUCAUUAAACAUUAUACAAUAUCGAUUUUGUAAUUCUCUCGAAACUUCUGUUAUAUUAUAUAGUUGUCGUUUACGAGAUGAGACCGUCGGACAACUUGUACGGUUACUGAACAAUAAUAAUAGAUCUAUGAAGAGGAUGAGCAUACCUCCUGUGGACGGUGAGCCGACGUCCCUGACCCUGGGCGCGAGGGGCUCCCUCGGACGAGCGCUGCUCCACGGCCUGCUGGCACCAGCGCCCGCGCCGAGACACCCGCUGUACACCGCGCCCAAUACUGGUUCCCUCCCUCCUUCUCCGGCGGACAGCGGUGUCUCGGACGUUGAGUCGUCCUCGUCAGGAGCGGGCUCCGCGGAGGAGCUGAAGGCCCGCCUGCAGCCCCCGCAGCCCGCGCCCUUCCACACCCCCUUCCUGCCCUUCUACCAGCCCCAUCAGAUCGCCUCCUCGCUGCAGCAUCACGUCGCCACCCACCCCAGGCCGCCCGUGGGCGCCGGCAACGAGCGGGAGACGUACGGCUACGGGUACGGGGGCGGAGGCUCGCACCACUUCGCCGCGCCCGCGCCUCCGCCGCUGCCCCACGACGACCUGCCCUACUCCGUGUUCGACUUCGGAGACUACCAGCGGCACCACCACCACAACAAGCUGAAGCCCAAGAAGAGGCCCCGCGACACGCCGCCGGCGCCCGGCGUCAAGCGCAAGAGCCGCGAGGGCUCCACCACCUACCUGUGGGAGUUCCUGCUGAAGCUGCUGCAGGACCGCGAGUACUGUCCGCGCUACAUCAAGUGGACCAACCGCGAGAAGGGCGUCUUCAAGCUGGUGGACUCCAAGGCCGUGUCGCGCCUGUGGGGCCUGCACAAGAACAAGCCCGACAUGAACUACGAGACCAUGGGCCGCGCGCUGCGCUACUACUACCAGCGGGGCAUCCUCGCCAAGGUGGACGGCCAGCGGCUCGUCUACCAGUUCGUGGACGUGCCCAAGGACAUCGUGGAGAUCGACUGCUCCCUGGCGUAG